AUGGCCUUGAAGCUGGAGGCCCUCCUGCUAGUGCUUGGGCUCAGCCUGGCUCAGCCAGCCUCUGCCCAUCGGAAGCUCCUGCUGUUUCUCCUGGAUGGUUUUCGGUCAGACUACAUCAGUGAGGAGGCUCUGGAGUUCUUGCCUGGUUUCAAGGAGAUUGUGAGCAGGGGAGUAAAAGUGGACUAUUUGACUCCAGAUUUCCCUAGUCUCUCCUAUCCUAAUUAUUACACCCUAAUGACUGGUCGCCACUGUGAGGUCCACCAGAUGACCGGGAACUACAUGUGGGAUCCCAGCACCAACAAGUCAUUUGACAUUGGUGUCAACAGAGACAGUCUGAUGCCUCUCUGGUGGAAUGGAUCAGAACCUUUGUGGAUCACUCUGACCAAAGCCAAAAGGAAGGUCUACAUGUACUACUGGCCUGGCUGCGAGGUUGAGAUUCUUGGUGUCAGACCCACUUACUGCCUAGAAUAUAAAAAUGUCCCAACAGAUGUCAAUUUUGCCAAUGCAAUCAGUGAUGCUCUUGACUCAUUCAAGAAUGGCCAUGCUGACCUGGCAGCCAUAUACUAUGAGCGCAUAGAUGUGGAAGGCCACCAUUAUGGUCCAUCAUCCCCUCAGAGAAAAAAUGUUCUCAAGGCUGUGGACACUGUUCUGAAGUAUAUGACCCAGUGGAUCCAGGAGCGGGACCUGCAAGAUGACCUGAAUGUGAUGAUUUUCUCAGAUCAUGGGAUGACAGACAUUUUCUGGAUGGACAAUGUGAUUGAGCUGAACAAGUAUGUCACCCAGGAUGACCUACAGCAAGUGAAGGACAGAGGGCCUGUCAUAUAUCACAAGCUCAGCAAGGUGCAGCACAUGACUGUCUAUGAGAAGGAAGCCAUACCCAGCAGGUUCUUCUACAAGAGGGGGAAAUUUGUGUCUCCAUUGACCUUGGUGGCUGACAAAGGCUGGUUCAUAACAGAGAAUCGAGAGAUGCUUCCAUUUUGGAUGAACAGCACUAGGAAAAGGGAAGGUUGGCAGCACGGAUGGCAUGGCUAUGACAAUGAGCUCAUGGACAUGCGUGGCAUAUUCUUAGCCUUCGGUCCUGAUUUCAAGUCCAACUUCAGAGCUGCUCCAAUCAGAUCUGUGGAUGUCUACAACAUCAUGUGCAAUGUAGUAGGCAUCACCCCACUGCCUAACAAUGGGUCCUGGUCCAGGGUGGCAUGCAUGCUGAAGGACCAGGCUAGCUCACUUCUGUGUGGCCAGCUGACUAUUUGGGCACUGGUCUUCAUUCUCCUCUUGUGCCCUAUAUAA